GAAGACGGUCUUUUAUGUCGACCCUUCUGCCUGUGUACCUACCCUGGGCCCUGGGUGCCCAGGCUGCCCAAAUCUUCCCACCCAGGCUCAAAGAGAGCGCGGCCAAGCUCAUAGCCACUCUCCCCCCCUCCUUUGAAGCUGGUUCAGCUGAAAUGUUCCAGGCCGGCCGUCAGCUCCUUUAUGCGGACUUCUUCUCUUUUCGUCAAGCGCCUUUGCCACUUUUCUGGCUUAUUUCUCGCUCAAUGGCCCUCUCGUGCUUGCAGAAGCCAUGAUCUUUUGAUUUUUGUGUUCAUUGACUCACACAUCAUCCACACAUUUCAUGCCAUUUUUUGCGAGAAAUCCACCAUGGCCUAGAGCAGCCUGCACGAGUCGACAUCUACGGGCGUCACAUCCACCAUCUAACCAUACCGACAUUGUAGGUACCGGACCUCACCCCUGCCGCGCCCGCAAAAGUACGUGACUCUUGGUCCUAGAGCACCUUUCCAUUCAUAAAAAGCCACAGUCAACUGCGCACCCGCAACUUGUGGCUCUCAAGUCCAACUACAGGAUGGAUAGUGCCUUUGCGGGCCCGCAUAGGCGAAAUCGGGGUUUCCUCGGCGCGGAUAGUUCGGCCUUGAGCCCACAGGACCGCCAGGAUCGUCGCCAACUUCGCUAUCAGCUUGAUCUGAACUCAUUCAAUGCUAGGAUUUUCAUAAUUACGGCAUCUGGCUUUUUGACUGACAGCUACAACCUUUUCGCCACAAAUGUCAUUCUUACCUCAAUCAACUUCGUUUACUUUCCGCACACCAAUACCCCUAUAGGGCUCAUCAUAAAUCUCUUCACCCUACUGGGCUCAGUCAUCGGCCAGCUGCUCUUUGGCUUCCUCGCAGACUAUUACGGCCGCGCGAAACUGUAUGGGAUAGAGCUCGUCCUUGUCAUCGUGUCUACGAUAGGAGUAGCCACUAGCAGCCAUGGGUAUAGUGAUAAUAGCGUCGGACCGGACAUGUCAUUUCUGGCAUUGUUCACCUGGUGGAGAUUUGUUAUGGGCGUUGGCAUUGGAGCCGAGUAUCCACUGAGCUCGGUCAUAACCUCUGAGUGGUCCAGUACACAGUCAAGAACACUUAUGCUAUCCUCCGUCUUCUUGAUGCAGCCUAUAGGUCAGGCAUUGGCUCAGCUGGUAGGUCUUUUUGUGCUACUCGGCUGGAACAAUGUCAAGCAUCUGGAUUCGAGGCAAUGCGGUCUGGACAGUCUUCACGAAGCAGAAUGCAAGAAAGCUAUUGAUGGCGUCUGGCGCAUCGUCAUCGGCUCCGGGGCGGCACCUGCUCUCCUGGCCAUUAUAUUCCGAUUCUUCCUCUACGACUGCGGCUUGUUCACUUUGGAAGUGAAGGGCAAAACCGAAGCGGCCUUCAGAGACACACAGAAGAUAUACGGCUCUCAAUCCCAGUGGCCCAGUUCUUCGGCCGCCAACGGAGCCACGCUGGCCGCGACACAACCCUUUCGAGGCGUGGUCCGCCCCUCUGCAGUUGGGACCGUGCCACAGAUAGAGCAAGCAACACCUGUACAGUUUUCGCUCGAAGACCUUCGUAAAUUCUUCAUCCGUGACGGGAACUGGAUCUACCUUAUUGGCACAUCGGCGACGUGGUUCUUUCUUGACGUCAGCUUUUACGGUUUCUCCCUUGAUAACCGCGGGACGCUCGCCAGCCUCUGGGCCACAUCCCAAACGGUCCCGAUUGACGAGAAUCUCGAGUGCUGGAAUUCAUCAUCCGUCGUCCGCAGUUGGUCUAAAGCCGAAAAUGGGACCCUGCCUACAUGGCAAACGGACGUAACACAUCCAUGCCAUACGAUAUACGAUGUCCUAUUCGAUCAGUCCAAGCAAUAUCUAGCCUCAGUGUCGAUCGCCUCGAUCGUCGGUUCUGCUUGUUUUGUCGUUCUGUGCAACAAGUUCCACCGCCGGAGGAUGUUGACCGUGUCAUUCCUGGCCUUGGCUCUGUUGUUUCUGAUUACAGGCGGCGUCUAUAUGAGAGUGAAAGCAUCGCCAUCCGCAUACGGCACUGUGGUCAUGGUUGCAAUAUGUCAUUUUGCCUUCAACUUUGGUGCCAACACCUUAACUUUCAUCAUCCCCGCCGAAAUCUUUCCCACCGCUUACCGCAGUACCUGUCAUGGAAUCUCGGCCGCCGCUGGAAAGCUAGGCUCAAUUUUGGCAGUGGUGAUUGUGCACGUAGUCAAGGAGAACUUCGAUGGGCCAAACCGACAAGGCGCGCUGUUCAUGCUCUUUGCCACAUUCAUGUUUUUUGGGGCCCUCUGCAGCUGGGCAUAUCUGCCUGAUGUUCAGAGGAAGAUUGUAGACGGCGGGAAGGUUAGGUGGGCGAACAUGACUCUUGAAGAGCUAGGCGAGGGUAGGGAGAAGGCUAGGCGGGAGGGUCAGGUCAUAACCAUCAAAGAGAAGAUGGGGGAGAUAAAAGCUAAGAGGUUGCGGAGGAAGAGUAGAAGGCGGGGAGAAUCGAGGGACGAAGAGGGUGCUUGAAGAUGGCGCCUGAGUGCUGUGGGAUGGUCGCUUGCUCUUUGCGGAACUUGGCUUCUAUAUUAGCCAGCUACUGCAUAUGCAUACCUCGCCUUGUGGGUCGAAUAUCACAAGGUUUGGACCAUAAUGGGAUUUAUGGGUUAUACCACGUAUAAGUUCCGAGCCGCAAGUCCAGCAGUCCUUUCAGGGUGUCAAGGAGAGGCAUCCUUGUCUUGUACGCAU